CAAACACCAUUCAAAUCCUUCCAAUCUCACAAAUCUACAAACGAGAACAGAAGAAAAGUGGGAAAGAAGGAAAUAACAAAUGGUAUUCCAAAAAGAACACCUUGAUCUUUUCUUGGUGCCUAGUGGAUUGCUCAUCCUGUUUGCUUACCAUAUCUUUCUUCUCCAAAGAUACAUCAAGAAUCCUCAUACCACUGUCUUUGGAUUUGAGAACAAUGAUAAAAUAGCUUGGAUUCAAAAAAUCAUGCAGACCGAAAACCGGGAUGUUAUGACAGCCUUAGAUGUUCUAUCAUCAAAUAAUUCAGGAGCAACAUUCUUGGCAACUGUGUGUUUAACUCUGAGCUCUCUAAUUGGAGCAUGGAUGGCAAAUACUUCAACUAUUUUUAGGAGUGAAUUGAUAUAUGGUGACACAAGGGCAGCAACUUUGUCCAUUAAGUACAUAAGCCUUGUUGUAUGUUUCUUGGUUGCAUUUUCAUGUUUUGUUCAAUCAUCAAGAUGUUUCAUCCAUGCAAAUUACCUAAUUAGUAUACCAAAUAGUGAAGUUCCUACAAGCUAUGUGGAGUUGGCUGUGAUUAGGGGAGGUGAUUUUUGGUCUAUUGGGCUUAGAGCUCUUUAUUUUGCUAUCACUUUGUUGCUAUGGUUUUUUGGUCCAAUUCCAAUGUUUGUUACUUCAAUUGGGAUGGUUUUUCUUCUUAAUUAUCUUGACACCAACAAGACCCCAUUGGUGCAACAUCAUUCUUCCAGCAAGCUUAGAGGAAAUUAUGUUAGUUGUCAGGUGAAUUAGUAAAAAAUUGAAUUUUGUAACUUUGAAAUGUAAUAUCAGCAAUAUGAGCAAAAAGAU